GAGGGUGUGUGAAGCCAUGGAAAUCGCUUGGGCCUGGGACCAAGCUCCAAUUAGCUGGAUCCGGGUCUUGAACAAGCGACCAAAAUUAAUUAAGACUUCACUUUUCACAUUCUAACCAAACACUGCUCACGUGGAAGAAACAGGUUACCGUUAGGUCAAUACUUGUGAGCUUGGUUUUAUCAAUCUAGUUUAUGUUCGGAGUUAUGAAGCUUACGCUUACAACUGGCCUUACCCCUUCUCUAAAUGGACCGCAUUGCUCACAAAAGCUGGAAUAGUUAAUCAACCAUUUCCGAGACAGGAGCAUAUCUGCGUCAACCGGCAUUGCUAUAACCGGUGGAUUUGGUAGUUACUUGUUUGGAAUGAGUCCAUCCAUUGCAAUACAAAAUCCAGAUUCAAGCCGUCCAAUAGAUACUAAGAUUCCUGCUUUAGGAUGGAUGAUUUCAUUUCUAUAUGCUGUUAGUUUUCUUGGCCUCCUUUUAGCGGUUCCACUCCGAAAGCUUCUUAUUGUUGACUUGAAAUUGCCAUUUUCAAGUGCUACUGCAACAACAGAUCUUAUCAAUGGUUACCAUACAACAAAGCAGCAAAUACAAACACUUGGAAAAUACCCAACAUUUGGUCUAGAAGCAUAUAAAGAAAUGUUCUAUUUUGAUUUUUCUGCCACCUAUGUGGGAGUUGGGAUGAUGAAUCAAUAUAUAAUCAAUAUAUCCCUUCUCAUUGUUGGAAUUCUUUCAUGGGGUAUCAUGUGGCCUUUUAUUGAAGCUAAAAGAGAAGCAUAUAUAAUUAUUCAGAUUUAAAGUGAAAAUCAAUUUUAUAUUAUCUAUCCAUUAAACUUUUGUAUACUAUAAUCUAAACUCGAAUGCAAUUGAAUUAGAACAUUAGCUAUUUGGACAUAUUAUAUUAUCUAUCCAUUUAUUGAUACAUUCCUUUGGUUGCCUAAUUGUAUAUUCUUUGAAUCACAGAUUUUCAUACCCGUAGGGGUGGUUCUUGGUGAUGGUUUAUACCACUUUGUGAAAGUUUUAGGCCAUAAAAAGGAGUACAAUCUAGUGAACCAAAUGCUCAUCUCGCUUAGGUAGAUUCCUCCGACCAUAAGCAAACAACCAAAAUGUUUCUCAAGUAUCAAAUCACCUCCUGGUUUGCAGUGUCAGGCUAUGUCAUCAUUUCAAUCAUCUCAAUCAUCAUUAUCCUCCACAUUUUCUAUCGAUUGAAGUGGUAUUUAUUAUAUAGCUGCAUUUUACAUCAUUGCACCAACAAUAGUAUUUUGCAAUGCAUUGGUUGUGGGCUAACUGAUUACUCUCUUGCAUCAAACUACGGAAAAUUGAUUGUCUUGACUAUUAGCGCUUGGGUAGGUUCUUCUAACGGUGGAGUAACUACAGGUUUAGUAGCAUGUGGUGUCAUGAUGAGUAUUGCAUCCACCACUUCUGACAUGAUGCAAGACUUCAAAACAGGUUAUAUGACACUAACUUUUCCAAAAUCCAUGUUUAUGAGUUUAUAGAAAUAUGCUGCACCUUAUUCUCAAGUUUAUAGAAAUAUGGCAAUAUUAACGGUUGACGGCUUUAUCCAAUAACUGCCUCACUCUUUUCUAUUGGUUUUUAGCUGCAGCCAUAGUAAUUAACCUUAUUCGGGACUUAAUUGGAAAGAAAUUCGCCCACUUAAAUCCUGUUCCUGUUGCUAUGGCAAUGCCAUUUUAUAUUGUAAGCUAUUACACCAUUGAUAUGUGUGUUGGAAGUUUAAUAAUGUUUGUUUGCAAGAUAGACUAGAGCUGAAGCAUUUGGAUUUGUUAUUGCUUCUGGUUUCAUUUUCUAGUCUUAUCACGAAUCUUGCAAACAAACAUUAUUAAAUUUCCAACACACAUAUCAAUGGUGUAAUAACUUCCAAUAUAAAAUGGUAUUGCCAUAGCAACAGGAACAGGAAUUAAGUGGGCGAAUUUCGUUCCAAUUAAGUCCCGAAUAAGGUUAAUCACUAUAGCUGCAGCUAAAAACCAAUAGAAAAGAUGAGACAGUUAUUGGGUAAAGCCGGAACUCCGUCAACCAUUAAUAUUGCCAUAUUUCUAUAAACUUGAUCAUAAGGUGCCGGAUAUGUUGAAGGAAAUGAGAUGUAGAAAAGAAAGAAAACACAUGGCGAUACCAGACAUCCCAUAACUGUUCCAAUAACUUGACUCAGAAACAUGGAUUUUGCAGAAGUUAGUGUCAUAUAACCUGUUUUGAAGUCUUGAAUCAUAUCAGAAGCUGUGGAUACAAUACUCAUCAUGACACCACACGCUACUAAACCUGCCGUGACUCCACCGUUAGAAGAGUCUACCCAAACGCUAAUAGUCAAGACGGCCAAUUUUCCGUAGGUUGAUGCAAGAGAGUAAUCAGUUAGCCCACAACCAUAGACAUUGCAAAAUACGCUGGUGCAAUGAUAUAAAAUGCAGCUAUGUAAUACCAUUUCAAUUGAUGGAAAAUGUGGAGGAUAAUGAUGAUUGAGAGGAUUGAAAUGAUGACAUAGCCUAACACUGCAAACGAGUAGGUGAUUUGAUACUUGAGAAACAUUUUGCUUAUUGUCGGAGGAACCUACCUGAGCGAGAUGAGCAUUUGGUUCACUAGAUUGUACUCCUUUUUCUUUUUCAUUCCACUCGGAGUACAAACACAUAAGAGUAUGGCCUAAAACUUUCGCAAAGUGGUAUAAGCCAUCACCAAGAACCAUCCCUACGGGUAUGAAAAUUUGUGAUUCAAAGAAUAUACAAUUAGGCAACCAAAGGAAUGUAUCAAUAAUUGGAUAGAUAAUAUAAUAUGUCCAAAUAGCUAAUGUUCUAAUCCAAUUGCAUUCGAGCUUAGAUUAUAGUAUACAAAAACCAUGGCAUCGGUACCUUCAGGCGCGUUCAGCUUCUUCCCGAAGGCGCAGAUCGAUCCACGACAGUGAUUUCGGCCGCGCCGGAUUUCGUCACCAGCGGAGGCGAUUCAUUCCAACAGCCAUUUGUCUCCACGUUCCUCAACCAACAUGAAACGAAAAAAAUGCCGACCAAAACGAAGCGAAUGCGAGCGGCGAAGGCAAUGGUUUCGUUGGCGACGUCGAUUUCAACUCCGGUGAUUCUCUUCUCCUAGCUAAUCGGUGAAGGAGGUUUUUGAAGAUGGUUAGAGGAGUUUCAGUUGAAGAAAAUGAGUGUUGUGAUGGUGGUCGGUUUCCGAUUCGGUUAACUAUGAAUAUAGUUAUGGAAAGUGAAGUGGUUCCGUUGAAGGUUGUACGCGGAGAGGUGAGGUUGAAGGAGUUUGUGCGCGGUGAAGGUUGUAGUUAUGGUGCGAUUGGUCGAGUUGCUGUGGAGUGGAAAGGGAGGUGGUUUUGACAGUUAGAAGCAGUUGGAGAAGGUGAGAGAAGUAGAAGAAAAGUGGAAGAAGUUCUGAAAAAAAAGUCCUCACUAUUCCUUGUUAAUCAUGUAUUUAUAAGAGAUUUUGAAUAUUGAAUUUGAUUUCCUUCACCGCGGUUUUCCGCUUUGGCUUAUGUCUUUUGCAUUUUGCAUUUUGAGUUGUAGCUUUGGUGCGUUUUGAUGUCGUCUGUGCGAUUCAAAUUCCAUUUGCCGUUUUGGUUAUAAAAUAUGUUAUGGGAAGUUUUUCUUGUUAGAUUUCA